AUGUCCCGUCGUGAGAGCUGUAUCUGGCAUCCGAUGCCCGAGGAGGUGCGCCGUUCCUCUGUCCAGUCGCGCCGCGCGUCGCUGGCAGCCGGUCGUCGCAAGAGCUUGAACGUGAACGGGCCUGACUGGGACGUGGAGGCCCCGCCGACCCCGUGCUACGGCGACUACAGCGCGCGUGGGAACGCGGCGGAGGCGCACACCCUCCGCGAGGCCGCUGCGCCACUGGCGGAGUCUUCCAAAAAGUUGCAGCAGGCCCAUGAGGCGGCCUGUGGGGAGGUGUCGCCGGGCACGGUUGUGGUUCCGUCGAAGCCGAUGGAAGACGACGAGGCCUUCCGCAUGAGUCGCACUCGCCACACGGUGCGCUUCCAUGGCGAAAAGUGGGCGAAGGUGCUUCGCAAGCGCCGCGACGAGAUCAUAGCCUGCUUCGUGGAGGACAUCCGGGACGGCGCGUCUGUCAUGGCGGAUGAGGCGAGACGGCUCAAGAUCAGGAUGAACGACUGUAUGGAGGUGACGUUCAUCACUUACAGCGGCAGCCGCGCACGUCAAAAAGCGAUCCACAUGGCGCUCCAGCAGUACAGCUUCCCCAAGACUUGUCAGCGGUACACGACCUUUGAGGCGUGA